UUAUUAUUACAACGUUAGAUAAGAUAGCGAUAAAUACUUGAAAAGUGGUGUCUACUAACCAAAAAUAAACAGCCUAAUCUAGGGUUUAUGGGAAAUCCUCUGUAUUUCAGUCAGUAACAGCGCGCCGGAGCGCGCGGGGAGGGAGGCGGAGCGCGGUGCAUGACGGGACGCGGGUGUAAUCUCCAUCAGCCGCCCGCUGACCUCUGACAGCAAACACGGAAGCAGCAUGGCGUCAAACGGCAGCAGCGCGCAGCAGAGGCUCCGGAUCAUAGCCGGACAUUUGCAGAAACGGCCAGAAGACGAAAACGCGAGCGUCGCCGCGCAGGAGUGCAAAGCCGAGGCGCCCCGAUCCGAGCCGAGCGGCGCGACGCCGGUACCGAGGAGGAGACAGGAGAUCAUGAAGUGGAAUGGCUGGGGUUACAGUGACUCCAGGUUCCUCUUCAAUAAAAAAGGUCAAGCAGAGUUCACAGGGAAACGGUAUCGGUUGAGUGGGCUGAUUUUACCAAGUCUGAAGGACUGGUUCGAGGGCACGUUUGGCGCCAAUUUACAGCACAAGUCUCCUGCCACGCCCAGUCUGAAUUUAAGUGCAGUCGCUCCUCCUAACCUGAACGAGCCCUUCAUCGAGGAUCUGAAAGCAGCGGGUCUGGCCGUGUCACAUGACCCAGAGGACCGGGUUUUCCGAGCUCAUGGUCACUGCCUGCAUGAGAUCUUUGCCCUGCGCGAGGGGAGGAUAGGACGGGUGCCCGACAUGGUGCUCUGGCCGAGCUGUCACAAUGAUGUGGAGAAGAUCGUGGAUCUGGCCUGCAAACACAAUGUCUGCUUGAUACCGUACGGAGGUGGGACGAGUGUUUCCAGUGCUCUGGAGUGCCCUCGAGAGGAGACUCGCUCCAUUGUCUCUUUGGACACGUCUCAGAUGAACCGGAUAUUGUGGAUCGAUGAGAAGAAUCUAACGGCUCACGUGGAGGCUGGAAUGAUCGGACAGGAUCUGGAGAGACAGUUGAAUGAGCGUGGUUACUGUACGGGCCACGAGCCGGACUCCAUGGAGUUCAGUUCUCUGGGCGGCUGGGUGGCCACGCGGGCGUCCGGCAUGAAGAAAAACAUCUACGGCAACAUCGAGGACCUGGUGGUGCAUAUAAAGAUGGUGACCCCUAGAGGAGUGAUUGAGAAGAGCUGUCUGGGGCCCCGCAUGUCCACCGGCCCCGACAUACAUCACUUCAUACUGGGCUCAGAGGGGACUCUGGGAGUGGUGACUGAAGUGACGCUGAAGAUCCGACCCGUUCCCGAGUAUCAGAAGUACGGCUCCGUCGUCUUCCCAAACUUCCAGCAGGGUGUGGCGUGCCUGAGAGAGGUGGCCAGACAGAGAUGCGCUCCAGCGUCCAUUCGGCUAAUGGACAACGAGCAGUUUCAGUUCGGUCAUGCGCUCAAGCCACAAGUGUCCUCCAUAUUCACGUCAUUCCUGGACGGGUUGAAAAAAUUCUACAUCACAAAGUUCAAAGGGUUCGACCCGCACCACCUGUGUGUCGCCACGCUGUUAUUCGAAGGGGAUCGUGGGAAGGUUUUGCAGCACGAGAAACAGGUUUACGACAUCGCAGCCAAAUUCGGGGGUCUGGCAGCAGGAGAGGAUAACGGUCAGAGGGGUUACAUGCUGACGUUCGUCAUCGCUUAUCUUCGGGAUUUGGGAAUGGACUACUAUGUGAUCGGAGAGUCGUUUGAGACGUCUGUGCCUUGGGACAGGGUUUUGGACUUGUGCAGGAAUGUGAAGGAGAGGAUUGUGAGAGAGUGUAAGGAGAGAGGAGUACAGUUCCCUCCGCUCUCCACAUGCAGAGUAACACAGACGUAUGAUGCAGGUGCUUGUGUGUAUUUCUAUUUUGCCUUUAAUUACCGGGGUCUGAGCGAUCCAGUUCACGUCUAUGAACAAGUGGAGCAUGCAGCCCGGGAGGAGAUUCUAGCCAACGGAGGAAGUCUGUCUCACCACCAUGGAGUGGGAAAACUGCGGAAGGAAUGGAUGAAAGAGAGCGUGUCCGGCGUAAAUAUAUUGGGCCUCGGCAUGCUCCAGUCGGUGAAGGAGUACGUGGACCCUCAGAACGUUUUUGGCAGCAGAAACCUGUUGUAAUUCACUAACUCGCUCUGUACUCAUUCGUCUUCUAGUCAUAUUUGAUUUAAACUCCAUAUUCCUGUGUUUCUUGGUGUGCGCGCGCACACGGUAAUUCGAUAAAUCGUUCUUCUGUUUCCCAUUAA